AUGCUAACUCCCCCUUCCCAUCUAAAUUGGAACAAAACAUCGGUAAAUUUCUACUUUAACCCCCCUUUAAAUUGGAGCAAAUGUUUUUUUCAAUAAAAAAUUUUAUCGAUGAAAAUACAAUUUUAUAAAAUUAUUUUUACCUAAUUUAUGUUAUGUUAUGUUAAGAUAAAUGUUUAAAGUCUCUACUUCCAGUAGCGUGUUGGCACAAGCGAAUUGGGUGGACUUCCACCUCUGGUACCUCUGAGCCCGGGCCGAAACCCCCGGUUUCUCGGUAGUGGGUUUUUACCUAAUUUAAUAGAAUAUUAUAUAAUAGUUUUAAAAUUAAAUAGAUUAAUUUUUUAUUAAUUCUAUUAAAAAUUCAAAAUAUUUGGUUCAAUAUAUUUUUAUAAAAUUCCUUAAAAUUUUUUUUAAAAAAAUUAGCCUACCUUUUAAAUUGAAAGAGGAUUUUUUGCUCCAAUUUAAAGGGGGAGGAGAGUAAGUCGCUCCGCCUUAAAAAUCCUUCAGAAAGGCAGAAGAUUCAUUUCAGACUCUUUUACGUCAGGAACAAAUGCGUGGUAUAUGGAAAAUCUCUUUGACCAAUACAAGCAAAAUCCAGAGUCAGUCCACGCCUCCUGACGAGCUUAUUUCAAAGGUUUAGAAACUGGGCAAGAAGAACCAUAUACAGCUCCAUCCUCGCUUUCUCCUGCAGCGUCUCUUACUGCCUCAACACCUAUCAGCUCUAACUAUAUACGUGACGCUCACAAAGCUGUGCUACUACUUCAAUCUUUCCAGCGUUAUGGGUACAUGCUGGCUGACCUCGACCCUCUGAAUCUAACCUUAAAUGUCAAUCGCCAUCUGGCUGACGUCAGAAUUCCAGGACCAAUCCGCCUGGAAAACUACAAAUUCACUGAAAGUGACAUGGACAAAGAAUUCGAUAUCGGCAGCUCCUUGAUUUCAGGGUUUUUGUCCUCAUCAGGGCCAUGGGCUGGGAAGUGGAAGCUGAGAAACAUCAUUGACAUGUGUAAAAAAGUCUACUGUGGAAAAAUAGGCUUUGAAUAUAUGCACAUCCCAUUCAGAGAUGAGUGCAAUUGGGUUAGAUCCAACGUAGAAAAAGAGACUUUGUUUAGCUACUCUGCAAAGGAAAAAAAAGAGCUUCAUUAUAAAGUUGCUAAAGCGCAGAUGCUAGAAGAGUUUUUCCAUAAGAAAUUUUCUACUCAUAAGAGGUUUGGCAUGGAUGGGCUAGAAGGAGCAAUCUUGGCUGUUGAAGCUGUAAUAGAAAGAGCUGCAGAACAUGGAGUAACGGAUUUUGUGAUUGGAAUGCCCCACAGAGGAAGGCUAAAUGUGAUGGCAAAUGUAUUGUUCAUGAAUUUGGAAGAAAUGUUUGGGCUGUUUUUCGGGACUGGGUAUAAAGAUGUAGAUGAAGGAGAUGUAAAGUACCAUUUGGGACAAACUGUGGAGAGAGAAAUUAAUGGGAAAAAAGUUACUAUUAGACUAUUAGCAAACCCUUCACAUUUAGAAGCAGUUGACCCAGUUGCAGUCGGACUUACAAGAGCUAUUCAAAACACCAGACUAAGCAGAAAAAGCGCUAUGUGCAUUAUGAUCCAUGGAGAUGCUGCGCUAUCUGGCCAAGGUGUAGUAUAUGAAACUCUACAGUUUGAAGAUUUGCAUGAUUACAGCACUGGUGGAGUUGUACAUUUGGUGUUCAAUAAUAAUAUCGGGUUUACUACUGUUCCCAAGGAUUCAAGAUCAGGGCUGUUUCCAACAGAAGUCGCAAAAUCUAUUGCAGCACCUAUUUUCCAUGUGAACGCAGAUUUUCCAGAAGAAAUUGAUUAUGUGUCAAGAUUAGCUUCAGAUUGGAGAAAUGAGUUUAGAAAAUCAGUCUUCGUAGAUGUGAUAGGUUAUCGUCGAUAUGGGCAUAAUGAACUAGAUGAGCCUAAUUUCACCAACCCAAAAAUGUACCAGCUUAUCAAAGAUCAUACCCCAGUCCUCCAGCUCUAUACAAAGAGGCUAGUAGAAGAAGGAGUUUAUACCCCAGAGCAAGCAGCAGCAGUCCUUAAAGGGAUUAAUGAUAUCCACGAAAAAAGCUUCGUUGAGGCAAAAAAAAGUGCAGAGUCUUUCGUCCACAAGCCUUAUACACUCGAGAAAAAAGAACAAAAGGCUAAAAGUGACCCGAAUAGAACAGGUGUAAAAGAAGACAUUUUGAAAGAAUUAGGAACCAAAGUAAACACACUUCCAUCAGAUUUAAAGCCUCAUCCACAGGUCGCAAAGCUCUACAAAAAUAGGCUCAACGCUAUAGAAAAAGGCGCAGGCAUUGAUUGGUCCACUGCUGAAGCUUUGGCAUGGGCCACUAUUCUUACAUGUGAAAAAUUCCCAGUCAGAAUUAGUGGACAAGACGUAGAACGUGGCACUUUUUCUCAGAGGCAUUCCAUAGUCCACGAUCAACAAGAAGAUCGUAAAAAAUAUUGUCCAUUGAGCCAUUUAGAAACAAGCCAAGCUGUCUUUAACGCGACAAAUUCCCAUCUCUCUGAAUUUGGUGUCCUGGGCUUUGAAUAUGGCUAUUCUAUUGUCAACCCGAACUCCUUAAUUAUGUGGGAAGCUCAGUUUGGAGACUUUGCCAAUGGCGCCCAAAUCAUUAUUGAUCAGUUCCUUACAAGUGGAGAGGCUAAGUGGGGCCAAGAAUCCGGGCUUGUUCUUUUGCUUCCCCACGGCUAUGACGGACAAGGUGCUGAGCAUUCUUGUGCAAGACUUGGCCGUUUCUUGCAGCUUUCCUCAGAAUACCCAUAUGCGAUCCCUGAAAACUUCUUAAAAGACCGUAAAGAAAACUUUUUCCAUAAUAUUCAAGUCGUAGUCCCAUCAACACCUGCCAAUUAUUUCCACUUUUUGAGGAGACAAAUUAAGCGAGAGUUUAGGAAACCUUUAAUUGUUAUGUCACCUAAGCGUCUUUUGAGGCAUAAAGAAGCAGUUUCAAAUAUAGGAGAGUUUUCUGAGGACAGAGUGAAGAGGGUAUAUGAUGACUGGACACCUGAAUUGACGACUCCAAGUAGCGUAAGAAAGGUAUUACUGUGUUCUGGACAGCUCUAUUAUGAUUUGGUAGAAGAAAGGAAAAAGAGGAAUAUUAAUGAUAUUGCCUUGGUCAGAGUGGAACAGAUUUCACCUUUCCCAUUCGAUAAAGUCAAGUUCGUAGCUGACAAAUAUGUAAACGCACAAUUCCAAUGGGUGCAAGAAGAACCUCUAAAUCUUGGAGCUUGGCAAUAUGUUUGUCCAAGAAUAAAAACUGCUAUUGGAAGCAGAGGCGAUGACUUAACUGCAGUUACUAGAAAACCAUCAGCUGCAGCAGCUACUGGUUAUUCUUCAGUUCAUACAGCGGAGCUAUUAGAUUUAUUAGAUAAAGCUAUGCAUUAA